GUCCAGGGCCGGCGGGCGGCGCCGCUGGAAGUGACGCGCGGGGGCGGGCCCAGGCUGGGGAGUCGCCGCCGCCGGCCGGGAAGCGAUGUAGGAGCCGCAGCCCGUCUGCCCCGCGUCCCGCCGGCUGAGCCCGGGCCCCACCGCCGCCAUGAAGAAGCAGUUCAACCGCAUGAAGCAGCUGGCCAACCAGACCGUGGGCAGAGCUGAGAAAACAGAAGUCCUCAGUGAAGAUCUGCUACAGAUCGAACGGCGCCUGGAUGCGGUGCGGUCAAUGUGCCACCACUCUCACAAGCGCCUGACGGCAUGCUUCCAGGGCCAGCAUGGCACGGACGCCGACAAGAGACACAAAAAGCUCCCUCUGACAGCUCUCGCUCAGAACAUGCAAGAGGCAUCGGCACAGCUAGAGGACUCUCUCCUGGGGAGGAUGCUGGAGACGUGUGGAGAUGCCGAGAAUCAGCUGGCUCUUGAACUCUCUCAGCACGAGGUCUUUGUUGAGAAGGAGAUUGUGGACCCCCUGUGUGGCAUAGCAGAGGUGGAGAUUCCCAACAUCCAGAAACAGAGGAAACAGCUUGCCAAGUUGGUGUUAGACUGGGACUCAGUCAGAGCCAGGUGGAACCAGGCUCACAAAUCUUCAGGAACCAACUUUCAGGGGCUUCCGUCAAAAAUAGACACCCUGAAGGAAGAGAUGGACGAAGCUGGGAAUAAAGUAGAACAGUGCAAGGACCAGCUGGCAGCUGAUAUGUACAGCUUCAUGGCCAAAGAGGGCGAGUACAGCAAGUUCUUUGUCACGUUAUUAGAAGCCCAAGCAGAUUACCAUAGAAAAGCAUUAGCAGUCUUAGAAAAGGCCCUUCCCGAAAUGCAAGCCCAUCAAGAUAAGUGGGCGGAGAAGCCAGCCUUCGGGACUCCGUUGGAGGAACACCUGAAGCGGAGUGGCCGAGAGAUCGCGCUGCCCAUCGAAGCCUGUGUGAUGCUGCUGCUGGAGACGGGCAUGAAGGAGGAGGGCCUUUUCCGAAUUGCGGCUGGGGCCUCCAGAUUAAAGAAACUGAAAGCUGCCUUAGACUGUUCUACUUCUCACCUGGAUGAGUUUUAUUCCGACCCCCAUGCUGUAGCAGGUGCUUUGAAAUCCUACCUACGGGAGCUGCCCGAGCCGCUGAUGACCUUUCAUCUGUAUGAGGAAUGGACGCAAGUUGCCAGUGUGCAGGAUCAAGACAAAAAACUUCAAGAUUUAUGGCGAAUAUGUCAGAAGUUGCCACCACAAAAUUUUGUUAACUUUAGGUAUUUAAUCAAGUUCCUUGCAAAGCUUGCUCAGACCAGCGACGUUAAUAAAAUGACUCCCAGCAACAUUGCCAUUGUCUUAGGCCCUAACUUGUUAUGGGCCAGAAAUGAAGGGACGCUGGCUGAGAUGGCAGCCGCCACCUCCGUGCACGUGGUCGCGGUCAUCGAACCCAUCAUUCAGCACGCCGACUGGUUCUUCCCUGGAGAGGUGGAAUUUAAUGUAUCAGAAGCAUUCGUACCUGUUGCCCCCCCAAACUCCAACCACUCAUCCCACACUGGAAAUGAAUCUGACUCGGGGACCCUGGAGAGGAAGCGACCUGCCAGCAUGGCGGUGAUGGAAGGGGACUUGGUGAAGAAGGAGAGCUUUGGUGUGAAGCUUAUGGACUUCCAGGCCUACCGGCGGGGUGGCACCCUAAAUAGAAAGCACGUAUCCCCUGCUUUCCAGCCGCCACUCCCGCCCACAGAUGGCAGCACCUUGGCUCCUGCGGGCCCAGAGCCCCCUUCCCAGAGCUCUAGGGCUGAAAGCAGCGCAGGGGGUGGGCCUGUUCCCUCCUCUGCGGGCGCACUGGAGCAGGGGCCGAGCCCAGGCGACAGCAGUCCUCCCAAACCCAAGGACUCUGCAGCUACAGCCUUGCCCACGCUGGCCCCGGGAAGAAACAGCAGUCAGGUGGCCAGUGGCCAAAGCCAGGGGCAGGGGCAGCCCCCUGCCGGCUCCCAUCAGCUCUCUGUCAGCCCAGCGCACAGCUCCACUGGCUCCAGUCCUCACACUUUGCGGCGAGCUGUUAAGAAACCUGCUCCAGCACCCCCGAAACCAGGAAACCCACCUCCUGGCCAGCCCGGGGGCCAGAGCGCCCCAGGGACAGCGCAGCAGACACCCAGCUUGUCACUGAAGGCAGCCACUGGAAAUCCGUCUCCUCCUGUCCCACAUGCAGGCCCAGCCCCCGGGCAGCCGUGCGCCACCUCACAGCUGUGUGGGCCCCGGAGAGCCUCAGGCAGCCUGGCUCCUAUGCAGGCACCCAGUCACCCUCCACCGCAGCCCCCCACGCAGGUGCCGCCGUCACAGGCCAGGCCAGGGGAGCAGGGACUGGAGCAGCCCACACACACCCCACCCAGGACGCCCACCCCCCCCAGCACUCCGCCCUUAGCUAAGCAGAGCCCGGGCCUGCUGGCCACCCAGCACCCUGUGGCAGGCCACCCUGAGACUGCACAGCCACAUGCCGGGACCUUACCGAGACCGAGACCAGUACCAAAGCCCAGGAACCGACCCAGCGUGCCCCCACCCCCGCACCCUCCUGGGGCCCACCCAGCGGCCGAUGGCAGCCUCUCCAGCGCAGUGCCUACCGCCUCCAAAAUAGUGACGGACGCCAAUUCGAGGGUGUCAGAACCGCUUCGCAGCGUCUUUCCGGACCUGCACUCAGACUCAGACAGCACAGACCUGCCCGGCCGCCUUUUGUUGGACAUGGACAAUGACACAGAGAGCACCGCCCUGUGAAGAAAGCCCGCCGCAGCCCUUCCACCCUGAGAGGGAACAGGGCAGGCGGACGGACCUCCGCAGACCCAACAGUGAG